ACCCGCCAUAAAAACAAGAGAAGAAGAAGAAGAGGCUGAAGCGGAUUUCUAUCAACUGACACAAUUUUGUUUUGGUCCUCCUCCCAGCUAAGGUCUAGCUCUUCAUCUGUUUGUGUUUCUGCGAUUGAAUUUUUCUUUGACAGCUAACAGAUAUGAAGAAGUUUUUCGAUGGCAUUAAGAAAGACGUGAAGUUUAAAACUGCGGGACCUGGGAAGAAACUAACAGAAGAUACCAGUUUCAAGCCUGAGGUGGUGCAGAGCAGCUCCAGUGCUAAGCAUCAUCGCCAUGGUCCCAGUGAAGGAUCCCAGAGGGCUGGAGCCGCAGCCCUGGCCAGGAUUGAACAGCAUCCACGGCCAAAGGUCUACACCUCUCAGGACGCCAUCAGGAACCAAGUCCGAAAAGAACUGGAGGCGGCUUCAAUGGCUGAAAAAGAAAAGACGGAUACAGAAGAGAGAUCCAAAGUUCCAGUGAUAGAUCCCGCCUGUCUUUCAGUGUCAGGUGUGUAUUUCACCUGUCCGCUAACUGGAGCCACUUUAACUAAGAGUGAGAGGGAAGUACACAUUAAAGAGGCCAUUUUAAUGCGGUUUGAGGAGGAUGCAGUCGAGGCCUCUGUUAUGAUGGUGCACACAUUUAACAAAGACAGAGAGAAAGUAAAGGCUGCUGUGGACAUCAUAAGCAAGUAUAUUGAGAAUAUAUGCAAGAAUCCCACAGAGGAGAAAUUCAGGAAGGUUAAACUCAGCAACAAGGUGUACCAGGAGAAAGUGCGUUGUUUGGAGGGAAGUAGGGAGUUCCUCGAGGCCGUGGGCUUCACAAGCAUUAUGCUUCCUGUAGAGGGUCAAGAGGAGGACGAGGAGUUCCUGGUGUUACUAGAGUAUAGUCCCGAUGCCCUGGAGUUAAUGCAGGAGAGGAGAGAUCGUCUGCAGAGAGGAGAGCCUGUCAGAGCUCAGCUGGACAGACAGCCUCAAGCAUUCAGAUCCUCUCCCAACGCCCAACGCUUCGAGCUGCCGCCAGAAUUUUACAACCUGACAGCGGAGGAGCUCAAGAAGGAGCUACAGCAGAGGAGUGAGUUGGUGGAGAAGAACGCCAUGAUGCGCACUAAAGCCAUGAGGGAGAGAGAGGAGCAGAGGGAGAGAAGGAAAUACAACUACACUCUGCUCAGGAUCAGACUGCCUGAUGGAAACCUGCUACAAGGGACCUUCUAUGCAUGGGACCGGUUGCCGGUGCUGUUUGCGUUUGUACGGGAGUCCCUGGUGAACGGCUGGCAGCCCUUUGAGCUCAUCGCUCCUGGAAGUCAGAAGCUACAAGAGUCUGAAGAAGUCGCUCUUGCAGAAUGUAACUUGGUCCCUGCAGCUCUGCUCAUAUUUGCCUGGGAUGCAGCUGUACAGGCGGAUAUUGCAGCCGCAGGUGGAAAGAGCCCCGCCCUCCUCAAACCCGACCUGUUGAAAACCAUUCGGACCCUCAGCUGAGCCGUACACACUGUCCCUGAACUCGCCCUGCUACCUCCCCCCCUCUGGCACUACUGGGGUGGAAUUGCUCCUUAACAAACUAGCGAUACGUUUAUUUUUCACAAAUGCUAACUUAAAAGUCGGUAGCAGUGAUAGACUAGGGGCAACUUCACCUUAAAGCGUUUGUUUUGCUGAGCAUACCCCUUCUCUAUCCAUGUGGGGAUAAUGUCACCUCUCGGCAGCACAUUGUACGGAAGACAGCACGACUAACAGAGAAUGUCCAUGCUGUAGUAAGAAGCAGUGCUCUGUGCGCUUACCAACAAUAUCUACCGGUCAGGUAUACUUCACUGUGGCAUGUUGAGAGACCUUGUUUUAACUGUGUUCCACCCCUUGUUUGACGUAACACAGUUGGAUUAACAGUGUGGCUGUUCAGUCAUGUAGAGAAAAAUCAAGAGUAGUAAAGCCAAGUUUUGCACUUGUAUUUGGUGUCUCAGCACCGAGCUUCUGUCAUUUAAAAGCUGCUGGGUGUCUGUGCGCUGGCUUAGACUUGAUAUGCUAUUAGUUUUUGUCUGGCGGUGCUUAAGUUUAAACGGUGUUUUGUUUGUCAGCUGAUGGUCCGGUGUGAUACGAGUCUGGCUUGCCCGUUCGUCUCCUUCAGUGACCUUUCACUCGUUGACGUAAAACAGACUUCUUCUUUGAUAAUUAAAACUUCAAAUGUCAUUUCUAUUUAUGCGUAUGAGCAUAAACUCUAAUCAUAAUCAAACAUCAGAGAGCGCUAACCUCCCACAAGCAAUUUCCAAUAAAAAAAGUGUGUAUCCGCCCCCGUGCUUCGGAUCCUCUCCAACAUUUAAUGGGUUCUUCUUAACCCCACAUGGUCAGACCAGUCGCUUUUCCGUAAACCUGCUGACAAGGCAAACAAACUGAUAACAAAACCUUCUCGGUGAAGGUAAGAAGUGUUAGCCACGUGAUGGUGAUGCUAUAGCCAACAGAACUUGCAUUUGACCAGUUUUAAGCACUUUUCAGUAUUAUUUAAAACUUUAUAAAACACUAAAGAGUGGCCUCAAUGUACAAUUAAUUUAAAAGGCUAACUGCAGAAGCUUUAUGUAACCAACUUGCUCUGGCAUGCAGGCAGGCAUGAAUUACAUUUCUGUUGUUAAAACUGGCAGCGCGGACGUGUGUUGUCUUAAAGUCAUGCAUUUGUUUGUAUCAAACACAUUUCCUUGGGAUAAAAAAACAAAACAGAAAGGCUCCAUACUUCAAACAUGGUGGAAGUGGCAUC